UUUUCCUUUUUUCCCUCUCUUUCUCUCUCUCUCCAUCUUUGUCAAUUCCCUCUUUUUUUUCUUCUCAUUCGAUCCUCGUUUAGGGUUUUACGAGGGUUUAGAGCCAUUAAUAAUCCAAAACCCUUAUUUUUCGCCAAAUUGGAUGAUUGAUUCUUCAUUACAUGUAAUAAAGAAGAGAGUGGAUUUCUGAUUAGGGUUUACUUCUGCGUCGAUGAUUCUCCAAUUUAUUAAUGUCUGAGUUCCAUUCAGCAUUCGAAGCCCUAAAAAUCACCGGUAAGACCUCGGCAGUGGCUGAACUUUAUCUUCUAUUUGUCUUGUUUGUUCCUUCUCCGGGUUGCAUUUGAAAUGCAAUACCGGUCUAGGGUUUUCUUGAACCUGCUUGGCUGUAGAUGCUUGCUGUCGGGUGAGGGCAAUAUUUCUGUUGGAAAUCCCAGCGGUGAGCAACGAUUUGAAUAAUGCGAUCCUGGGGGGAACCCUGACAAAGAAAUGGUGUUUCUUGGAAACCUACUUCCGGUUAAAUGAUAUGAGGUUUUGAAUAUGAGCGAUGGAGGUGGGGAGUGUGGAAGAGAGGACGAACAGGACGCGAGGAGGGAAUCAGGAAGUGAUGACUUCGGCCGAGCCAUUUCCAAGAUUGCUGUCGCUCAGAUGUGUGAGAGCGUCGGCUUUCAGAGCUCCCGGCAGUCCGCGCUUGAGGCUCUCUCUGACAUUGCAAUACGAUACAUCCGAGAUUUAGGGAAGGCUGCGCGUUUCUAUGCCAAUUUAGCUGGUAGAACGCAUUGUAACGUCUUCGAUAUUAUUCAAGGCUUGGAAGACUUGGGAUCCCCGCAGGGCUUUGCUGGUGCAUCAGAUGUUGACAGUUGCUUUGUAGUUUCAGGCACAGUUCGAGACAUCACACGGUACGUGAGCUGGGCAGAGGAGAUUCCGUUUGCUCGUCCUGUUCCUCGUUUCCCAAUCAUCAGGAACAGGAAAUCAAUACCUAGUUUUGUGCAAAUUGGAGAAAAUCCACCUGGAAAGCACAUUUCCCCUUGGUUACCUGCAUUCCCUGAUCCGCACACCUAUAUUCACACCCCUGUAUGGAAUGAUAGGGAAACAGAUCCUCGUACCGAUAAAAUUGAACAGGCAAGGCAGCGGAGGAAGGCAGAGCGAUCUUUGUUGAGCUUGCAGCAGCGGUUGGCUUGCAAUGGUUCAGCAACUACCGCCCAAGUGGAUCCUGCAGAUGAUGUGAAGCUGAAACGAGUAGCAGAUGGUAAUCAAUUUCUUGCUCCACCCAUGCAACUUGGUGAGAAAGAUGUGUCUCCUGUUGUUCUUCCAGUUCAGCUGGCAAACGACCUGGUUGUUGAAAAUCAGAUAUCAGUUCUGGAGACUUUUGCUCCUGCUAUUGAAGCUGCCAAAAGCGGGGUUUGUGAGCCUGGAGAUGCUGGGAGAACGACCCUACCAAACAAGAGGCCUACUGUGCAUUUUAAGUUUGGGAUUGGCAAGAAGUCUUUAGGCGUUCCUCUUGAUUUGAGCCUUCACAGCAUGAGUGUUGGGAAAACAACUGCUUGGUUUGGGAAGGAUGAAGAGAAGGAUGACAAAAAAAGGAGAGCCGAGCAAAUCCUGAAGGAAUGCAUGGAAAAUUCACAGGAACUUGCUCAGUUGUAAAUUAAUUUGUUGACGGCUUGAUUGAUGGGAAUCCGUGUACUAUUCAUGAAAUUGUCAGCAGCAGCAAUAGUGGUGGGGUGGGAUGGACCGUCAGGGUAAAGGGGCAUCUUGUUGUUGUGGUAUGGUUGUUAGUGGGACUGCGUUGAGGGGGAAUUACUCAUGGUCUCAUUCUCAACAUGUUUUUGAGGUAUGUGAAUGUCCAUUCCCAUCGUACAGUGGCCAUUGUCUGUGAACGAUUCUUUCUAUUUUAAAUGAAAGCCUCCCUUCUUCCAUGAUCCAAUAUUGAAGGGAUACAUGGAAUUUUCCA